AAUUGUGCUUCCAUCCGGACUAGUACGGCGAGCAGCAGCAGCAGCAGCAACAGCAGAAGAGCCAGCCAACAUUCAACCGAAAACCUAGCUUUUCCACACCCUGCAGUGAAGCAUUUGUGAUAUAAACGUUAAAAGAACCCUUCAUCAAGCGACGCAUCCUUUUUUAGUUUCGCCAGCCCGGAACUCGAAGUUACCAUAGACACCAAAUAGCGUCGUGGGGUUAUCCAGCGAACGAGAGACGAAAGACCUGUAGCCAAACCGAGCUCUUCCACGCGUGUUUCGCAAAAAAAAAACGCAUAUACCACCAACCUCUCGUACCCAGCCAACCAAGCAAAACACGAUGGAAUCCGCCGGACAGGAAGCCGCACCCGCCUCGUACCCGCGCGUCGGAGCCGACUUCAAGAGCGAGCUCGAGUCGUUCCGCCCGGAAACGCUGGCGAAGGCGGACACACAGGAGAAGAACGUGCUGCCGACCGCCGCCGACGUCAAGUGCGAGAAGGCGCAGCGCAGCGUCAUCGAGGGCAUCGAGGGAUUCGACGCGUCCCGCCUGAAGCACGCCGAGACCAAGGAGAAGAACCCGCUACCGGACCAGGAAGCGAUCCAAGCGGAAAAGGGUGUGCAGCGCUUCAUUGAGGGCAUCGAGUCGUUCGACACGUCGCGCCUGAAGCACGCCGAGACGCUCGAGAAGAAUCCGCUCCCGACGGCCGAAAUCAUCGCGGAGGAGAAGCGCGCCUAAAGUUUUCCCGCACGCCAAAAAAACCCCUCCACACAGCAGCACGCCCCACCAGGCCCGCGUCUCGUUCCGGAGCUUUGCCAACGCUUGGCCGAAGCUCCAACCGUGUAAGGCGGCCACAACAACACACCAGUGGUGGCGGUAGGAAGAGGAACGGGGGCUGGGCAGCGCCACAGCCAAAGCACCAGCAGCAAAACAGGAAAAUAAAAUUAUAACCAGCAGCAGAAGCAGCAGCAGCAGCAGUAGCGAAAGAUGAUGGCCGAGAAGCAGAAGUCAAUCCCGAAAUCGCGGUUCCUUGGUUGCCGAACAACAACCGAUACAAAGAAAAAAACGAGAGUAAUCAAACACUUGCGGUGUGUAACAUUGAAAACCAAUCUUUACCAAUUUUUUUAUCGAAUCGAAAAAGACUAAAACGUAUGUGUUGAAUGAAAAGGUUGUGGACGGUCGCAAAAGCACAAGCGCGACCGGUACUGAAGGUAGCAGAAUAGAAGAAGGAGGGUCCAUCACUACUUCAAACCGAACAUCACUUCAAAAAAGCUCAUUCAACGGUGUUAUGCUAGCCGUAAUCGAAUAACCAGUUGUGAAACACACGUGCAGGAAGAAGCAACGUAUAUAGACUUAUCCUAUCGGUACGGAUUGUAAGAAAUCAAAACUCAACUUCCAUUUUCUUUCCUCAUCUAGCGAAAACCUGCCAAGACCAUGUACCGCGAAGACCUCAAAGGUUGAACGCCUUGCAAACACUGUUUUUUUUUAUCUUAAACUUUACCUAAAAUAUAUCGCGGCGAAAGUUCGGCGAUGUACGAUAUAAUGUUGUGGCUUACCCGGUGAAAUCGGUGGCAUAAACUUAUAAAGGGCCAAAAAUUCCUAAAUUUCACUUCCACUCGAGAAAGGGAGGAGGGAGCCAUGGCGCGUUCGGGAGGCGAUUUCGAGCCGACGAGUUAUUAUUGAGCACGUUUACACGAAUUAAAAUGAAGAAAAAAAGACUGUUUUGAUUGCUUUGUAGAGCAAGCAGAGGUAAUGCGAAACAAAGGAGCACACAUUACGAAACGAACCAUGGCAACAAGAAAAGAAGUAGUGAACUAAGGAACAACCAGCAUAUAUUUUCUACCGCAUAACAUAAUAAGAAAGCGAAUGAGCAAAACCGAAUGGGCCGGAGGAGGAAGGCGGGCGAGCAACUGGGAAGGUAGAGUGAGAGGGCAGGGAUGUUUGAUACUAUGCAAUUUUCUUCAACGAAGCAGAUAUUAAUAUGUAAGGAGUGAUAAAGCUAUACUACUUCUCCUCGUACUAAAAAAACAAAAGGAAGAUAGAUCAGGAAACGAGAGUACGUGAACAUGCAUUUUGAUCGUGGAACGGUGGAAAAACCGGAGAGGUAGGAUUGGCGAGCGAAUUUUAAAAUGAGGAUAUGAGAAACAUUAUCAAAUAAUAAGGGAUACAAAAAUGGAAUAAUUUUAUCACAGAUCGCCUAAAAAUGAAAAACAAUGAUGAAAAUCAAACGAAUGUGUGGUUGGUGCGGAAGAGGGGGGUUUUUUGGGGGCCAGAGGCACCAGCACCACCCGCCGCCCACCCCCCACACACAAAUCCGCAUUGUCCAAUCGCCGCAAUUACUAGGGAAGAAGCUCACAGCUUGCGAGAGAGAUGAAGAGAGAGAUGCAUAUACAUAUACCACGAAUACAGGACACAAGAACGAACAUCGUCUUCAAAAGACUAUCGGUCAAAACAGCUACUUAUGUAGGGAGCAAAGAUUAAAAAGAAAAAAGGAAAAACAGAAUGUGGAAAACCGCCAGUCCAUCGAAAAAUCCGUUGUAGGUUGAGAAGGUAGCGGAAGCGUAAACGCGAUUGAAACAAACACAGAAAGGCGUUGAAAACGGAUAAUGCCGUCCUCAGUAGGGACGGGGUGUUGCGUCCGUGUGCAUUUAAUAAGGAAGGGAGAGAAAUAGUAACCGAAGGAACACGAAACUAUUUAAGGUAGUAGACUGAGAACAAGAAGGGCAUUUUAUAGAAAAGCGAUACAAAAAUACGGUUGGGCCUCUCUCAAGCAGCAGCCUCCUUUGUGGCUAUUCAUUUAUGUUUUUGCGCGCGAACCACCCUUUUGCGUUUUCCCCUGCUUUGUUGUUCCUUCCCGAUACACCCCGGGAAUAGAACCUUCGGCAUUCCGCAUUUAGAGACGAAUGCUUUUUUUUUUUCUCCUCUCUCUACUUAACAUCACGUUUCCAUUCUCGAGCAAAGAUGAAGUAGGUUUUGUAGGUAGUAAUUUUGUUUUCUCCUUUACUUCGCUCUCUCAAUCACAAUGAUGAUGAUAAUGUAAACUAUUGCAGUA